GGUUAGUGUGUCCGGGUAGGGCUACGUGGUGAGGAGUGGGACCCUUGUCGUGCACCAACACCACGAUGGACGACUACCCGAUGUAUGGGUUGCUGGUUGGGUUCUCCCUCUGGGGGACCCUCUGGCGUCUCCUCUUUCCUCUGGGAUUUUGGCAUACCUUUGCGUGUAGAGUAGGGCCCACUCGAGGUGGUACCGCCACCCAACCAUACACGAAGGAGGAGGAGGAGAGGAUGACCGCCAUCCUGCAGGAGAGGAAGGAGAAGAAGGAGGCCAAGAAGAAGGCCUUGAAAGAGGAACAGGCGGCCAAACUAAAGAAGAUGGAAGAAGAGAUGGCCAGGGAGAAAGAGAGGUUGAAAAAGGAAGAAGAAGAGAAGCUGAAGGAGAUGGAUGAAGAAGAGGAAGGACCGCCACUGCAAAGGAGUAGUGGGCAGCGCAGUAGUAGUAUCGGUGGAGACCUGGAGAAGAGGAUAUCUGAAUGGGUUGCCAACCUGACUGUGGGAGAAGAGGAAGAGGUUAGUAUGUACAUCCCGCAGGAUCAGCAAGAAGCUGCCAUGAAGGCUUGGGAUGCAGAGAAAGACCCUCUUCAACGUCAAGCAUUGGAAGACGAGAAGAGGAUGGAAUGGAAAUUAGCGGUGAUGAGGGAGAAGAAGAGGAGAAUUGACAAGGCAGCGGAGGCGGCAGAGGCCUUAGAGGAAGUGAAGAACAUAGAGGCGCAAUUAGCCGCCCAACCCGAUCUCCCGAAUCAGAUGCGAGUCAUAGCUCGGAGCGUCGCAUGCCUGGCACGGGUUCAAGCAGACCAAUAUGACUUUAGCAGAAGUCAGGACAUAGCUGUGCGCUCGAUACGGUUGGGCUUUCGAGACUUUGCUCGUGAGUUGGUAGGCGCCGUUGGAGUCGAGGUGGGUCACCGCCUCGACAAGACUGAGCGGUUCUGCGCUGGCGCCAUUGAAGGCGUCAAGGCGGCAGCUCCCAAGGAGGAGGAAGCACGUCCUCCUCGCCGGGAGCCUGUCAAAGUCAAGUUCCCCGAUUCCUACAGUGGGAAGAGGGAGGAAAACUUUGACAAUUGGGAGGCCAACGUUAAGACCUAUGUGCACUUGCAACAUGUCUCCCCAGAUCAGCAAGUCCUAAUUGCUAUCCACGCGUUGAGAGAUGAGGCCGCCAGUUUUGCAAGGUCCCUAGUUCGCGCUGCCAACUGUAGUGAUGAUCCCGUUGCGUACUCCUCAUUUACAUCCCUCACCAAAUUCCUGAAGUUGCUGCGUGAGCGAUUUGCUGAUGUCGCUCGCAGUGUCAAGGCCUCAGACAAGCUCCAAACCAUCCAUUCUCGUAAAUGGAAGAGUGCCAGGGCACUCAAGGGUACAAUGGAUGAGUUGGUGGCCGUCCCUGACCAUGAGGUCACAGAGGGCCAGUUGGUCAACCUCUUUUACCGGGCUAUGCUCGAAGCCUUUCGAGGGCAGUUCUUCGCGAAGAGCGAAGACCCUGCCACCACUUACGAUUCCCUUAGUCGUGAGGUGGUGGCUUUUGAAGCGAAGUCAGUGUCCCUGUCUACCUUCUGGCAUAAGGAUUUGGACAAGGGAAAGCAAUGGAAAGGCCGCACUAUCUCAGGGCAGGUAAAAACCAAGGAUAGCCUUGUCCUGACUUUAGAUGAGGGUAGUGUGGAUGAGAUUCCCUACGAUCAGAUUGAGUGGGGGCCAGAGGAGGCGGACAGCGGUGUGGGCCAGGGAAGAUCCUACGCUACUGUCGCAGCCGGAGGGAGGCCGCAAGGAGGACAAGGCCAGGGCCAAGGGGGCCGGGCCUCAGGGAGCCGGUUCCAGGGCGAUCAGGGGGUUGGCGGCAGAGGAGGGAACCGCCAAGCGGGAGGCCACGUCUUAGACGGAGACGGCGUUAAGCCAGAAGAUAGCAAGAUCGUAGCGAUUAGAGACUGGCCCACGCCACGUACGCUGACAGAGUUGCGCUCGUUCCUGGGCUUAGCGAAUUACUACAGGAAGUUCGUAAGGACCUUCUCCACCAUCGCUGCGCCCCUUCGCAGAUUGUUGAGAAAAGAGACAAUUUGGAAGUGGGACAAGGACUGCACGUCCGCCAUGAAGAAGCUAAAGCAGGCGUUGAGAGAGUAYCCGGUCCUUAAGGUCGCCGAUCCGUCCUUGCCUUUUGUUGUUACUACGGAUACUAGCCAGUACGGCAUAGGUGCAGUGUUACAGCAAGACGAUGGCAAUGGCUAUAGACCCGUAGAGUUCAUGUCCGCUAGGAUGCCUUCAGAGAAGGUUGCGACAUCUACCUAUGAGAGGGAACUCUACGCUCUCAAGCAAGCAUUAGACCACUGGAAGCACUACUUGCCUGGGAGGCACUUCAAAGUCUAUUCGGACCAUGAAACGUUACGAUGGUUAAAGACSCAGGCCAAGAUGACACCUAAGCUUACUAGGUGGGCCGCAGAGAUAGAUCAGUACGACUUCGAGCUCAAGCCUGUCAAAGGGAAGGACAACGUAGUCGCGGAUGCUCUGAGUAGGAGAGCAGAUUACUUUGGGGCAAUAGUACAUUACCUCGAUWUAGGAAAGGAUCUGCAGCAGAAGGUUAGAGAAGCCUACGCGCAGGACCCUAUCUAUAGUGAGCUCCUCACGCGAGUCAAGGAGGCCCCAGAGACCGAGCCGAACKACCGCACUACUGGAGGGUUACUCUUCGAGAAGACUAAUGUCUUUGACCGGUUGUGCAUCCCCAAUAACGAAGAGAUUCGUAGUCUGAUUUUGGGCGAGUGCCAUGACACAGAGGGUCAUUUUGGUUGGCAAAAAACUUUAGCCAAUCUAAUGCGCGCGUAUACCUGGCCAGGAAUGAAGAAUGACUGCGUAGAGUAUGUUCGCACUUGCAAAGUCUGCCAGCGUAACAAGAGUUCUACACGCGCCCCGCUAGGUCUUCUCAAACCCUUGCCCAUUCCGGAUCAGCCGGGAGACUCAGUGUCCAUAGACUUUAUGGACACUCAAGUCAAGAGUAGGCAUGGCAAGAGCCAAGUCAUGGUCAUAGUUGACCGUUUUAGUAAGUACGCAGUUUUUAUUCCUUUGCCUUCCGAGGCGCGUACUGAUUUAGUCAUACAGAGGUUYUUUGACUGUUGGGUUAGUGAGAAUGGAAUCCCGCUGUCGAUAGUUAGCGAUAGAGAUAAUCGCUUCACCAGCCAGAACUGGCAAGAACUCAUGGGAGUAUAUGGAUCUAAGUUGUUGAUGUCGUCCGGCCGCCAUCUAGAGACUAACGGUCAGACAGAGCAAAUGAACAAAAUCCUACAGCAAGUUCUGCGCAUGUACAUUAGACCAGACCAGAUUAACUGGGAUGAGAUGUUGCCCAAAGUAGCUAGUGUGUACAAUAACAGCGUGCAUCUGUCUACAUGUCGCACUCCCAACGAACUGCACAAGUCCUUUAGACCGCGCAGACCGUUUGAGGGACUCAACCGGGAUCAGAUUCACAGAUUACCACCCGGGACCAGGGAGUUUGCUGUGCAGCACGAGAAAGAACUAGCUACUGUCGUAGAGAACCUCAGAAAAGCCCAGCAUAGGAUGAUAGAGCAAGCGAACAAACAUCGUCGCCCUUCGCAGUUUUAAGUAGGCGACUUAGUCUGGGUUAGUUCUAAAGAGUUUGCGCCGAAGGAGAACAUCUCGCAGAAGUUACUGCCCACAUAUA